AUGAAUCCGAAUUACGCUGUGGUCUUGGAUCAAGGCUUAGGGAAAUACGGCACCAUCCUUGCUGAUUUGAAAAGCUCCUUGAGAACGAACAACCAUUUCCUAUGCUACUAUCCCACUCUGGACAGAGGACGUCCUUCUGUGCAUUGGGUGCACGGAUCUGCGAUAGCUCUGGGCCUUGAGUUGAGUAAAUCAACAGAGAACUACAAACAAGAUGGAGUGAUGGUAUUCAGAAUGCACAAAGGGACCCUUAGGCUUAUGUCCAAGAACAUAAAAAAUAACAGGGUCAAGGGCGACAUGGCGUAUACUAUACGCGACGCUGAAGGAGCGACAGACGCACAGCUCUGUGACGCAAUAGAAAAAUUCUGUCGCGAAGAGCCGCACUUUGUGAAGCUCUAUGAUAAGGAGAAUCUGGGUUAG